CGGGAUGGGGACACAUGGCCACGCCCCUCGCCGAGGCCACGCCCCUCGCCGAGGCCACGCCCCCACAGUAAAUAAAGGCGUGGCCAAGAGUUGGCGGCCUGUCCAUGAGUGACGCGUGUGGGCGUGGCCACAAACCUGGCUGGCGUCCAAUGGGCGGCGCGUGCGUGUGGGUGGGCGUGCCCCGCGCCGCGCCGCUCGGCCAAUCAGCGCCGCGUGCGUGCGCGGGGCGCGGCCGGGGCGGCGGAGCGGGCGCGGAACGGGAACGGGAGCGAACGGGAGCGGAGCGGCGGCGAUGGAGCGGCGGAGCGGGCUCGGGCUGGCGGCUCUGGGCGCCUUGGGCCGGCGGCUGCGGGCGCUGCCCGCUUACGCCGCGGGGCUGCUGGGGCUGGGCGCGGGCGCCGUCGUGCUCGCCCUGGCGCUCUACGCGGGCUGGCGGCGGCGGCGGCGCGCCCGGGAGCGCGGGAUGCGCGCGGCCGAGCGGCUGCACCGAGAAGAAGAAGCGGCCGUGCGCGCCGCCGCCGCCGGGAUGGGCGCGGCCCGCGGGGAGCUGCCGGCCUGGGUCAGCUUCCCGGAUGUGGAGCGGGCGGAGUGGCUCAACAAGGUGCUGGCGCAGGCGUGGCCGUUCCUGGGGCAGUUCCUGGACAAGCUGCUCCAGCAGACUGCUCCAGCAGAGCGUGGGCCCCGGCCGUUCGCUGCCUCCAGCCCCCACCUGCAGAGCUUCGCCUUCACCCGCGUGCACCUGGGCCACAAGCCCCUCCGUGUCCUGGGGGUCCGCCACCCCGGAACCCACGAGAAGCAAAUCCUGCUGGACCUCAACAUCAGCUACGUGGGCGACGUGGAGAUCGACGUGGAGGUGAAGAAAUUCUUCUGCAAGGCGGGGGUGAAGGGGAUGCAGCUCCACGGGAUGCUCAGGAUCAUCCUGAGCCCCUGCUGGGGGACGUGCCCAUCUGGGGCGCUCACCAUGUUCUUCAUCCGCCGCCCGACUCUGGACAUCAACUGGACAGGGAUGACCAACCUGCUGGACAUCCCCGGGCUCAGCUCCCUGUCGGACUCGAUGAUCAUGGACAGCCUCUCCUCCUACCUGGUGCUGCCCAACCGGCUCCUGGUGCCGCUGGUGCCCGACCUGCCCGAGGCCGCUCAGCUGCGCUGGCCCCUCCCCAGGGGCGUGGUGCGGGUGACACUGUUGGCCGCGCGGGCGCUGCGCUCCAAGGAUCGCUUCCUGGGCGGGCUCGCAGGCCGCUCGGACCCGUACGCGCUGCUCAGGGUGGGGACACAGGCGGCCACCAGCCGCGUCAUCGGGGACAGCCUGGACCCCGCAUGGGACGAGGUGUACGAGUUCAUGGUGCACGAGGUGCCGGGCCAGGAGCUGGAGGUGGAGCUCUUCGACAAAGACCCCGACAAGGACGAUCUCCUGGGCAGGAUGAAGCUGGACCUGGGGGAGGUGCUCAAAGCUCGGGUGAUGGACGAGUGGUUCCCGCUGCAGGAGGGGGGGCAGGGCCGGCUCCACCUGCGCCUGGAGUGGCUCUCGCUGCUCUCCGACGCCUCCCAAGCUGGACCAGGUUUUGGAAAAGAACCAAAAAAUCGUGGCCAAACCCGACCCCCCUCCUCCGCCAUCCUCGUGGUGUACCUGGACAGGCUGAGGGGCUGCCCGUGAGUCUGGGGGCUCUACCCCCCCGUUUUUGGGCAGGAGAGGAAACCAGGCAAGGAGCCCAACCCCGUGGUGCAGGUGUCGGUGCAGGACGUCACCAGGGAGAGCAAGGUGGUCUGCAACACCUCGGCCCCCGUCUGGGAGGACGCUUUCCGCUUCUUCCUGCACGACCCCCGCGACCAGGAGGUGGAUUUCCAGGUGAAGGACGACCCCCGGCAGGGCUCUCUGGGCAGCGUGUCGCUGUCGCUGUCGCGGCUGCUGGCGUCGCCGUCGCUGUCGCUGUCGGGGCCGUUCCCGCUGCAGCGCUCGGGGCGGGCGCGCCUGCACCUGCGCCUGCUGCUGCGGGUGAGGAGGGGGCUCCGGGGGUCCCGGGGGGGCUGGGGGGUCCCGCUGACCGCCACCCCCACCAGGUGCUGUUCCCGGAGCCCCCCGAGCCCGGCGUGGCCCCCCCGGGACAAGCGGAGCCCCCCAAAAGUGACACCGAGGGACCCCCCCCCCAGACCGAGCCGGGCCGGCCCCGACCCCCGCCUCGGCACCGAGCGCGUGCUGCGCAUCGAGCUGCUGGAGGCCGAGGCGCUGGUGGCCAAGGACCGGCGGCUCGGGGGGCUCGGCCGCGGCCGCUCCGACCCCUACGCCGAGACCCGCGCGGGCGGGCGCCGCUCCGCAGCCGCGUGGGCCGAGGAGCUGAGCCCGACCUGGAACGAGAGCUACGAGGUGAUCGUGGACGACGUCCCGGGGCAGGACGUGGAGUUCGAGCUCUUCGACAAGGACAUCGACAAGGACGACUUCCUGGGCAGGUGCAAGGUGCCCCUGAGGAGGGUCCUGAGCUGCCGCGUCCUGGACGAGUGGCUGCCCCUGCAGGACGUGCGCUCGGGCCGGCUGCAUGUGCGCCUGGAGAGCCUCGAGCCACGCGCCGCGCUGCUCGACAGGGUGCUGCACACCAACCGCCUCCUGCAGCCCCAGCACGGCCCGGAGCUCUCCGCCGCUCUGCUCCGCGUCUUCCUGGACCGAGCCGCCGAGCUGCCGCUCCGCAAGGGCUCCAAGCCCCCCUCGGCCUUCGCCAGCCUGGCCGUGGCGGACGUCUCCUUCAAAACCAAGACCUGCGCCCCCUCCACGGAGCCCGUGUGGGAUGAAGGCUUCUCCUUCCUCAUCCAGCGGCCGCACGCGGAGACGCUGGAGCUGCAGGUGAAGGAGGAAGGCGGGCACAGCCUGGGCACGCCGAGCCUGCCCCUGGCACGGCUGCUGGAGCAGGAGGGGCCGGCCCUGGACCGCUGGGGGAUUUGGGUCUGGGGUCCCGCGGGUCUGACGGGGGUCUGGCUGUGCCCGCAGGUGAAGGAGAGGAAGGCGGGCACAGCCUGGGCACAGCCUGGGCACAGCCUGGGCACGGCCGAGCCUGCCCUGGCACGGCUGCUGGAGCAGGAGGGGCUGGCCCUGGACGUGGGGGUCUGGCUGUGCCCGCAGGUGAAGGAGGAAGGCGGGCACAGCCUGGGCACGCUGAGCCUGCCCCUGGCACGGCUGCUGGAGCAGGAGGGGCUGGCCCUGGACGGCUGGCUGCCCCUGGCGGGGGGCGCGCAGCUCCUGCUGCGGGCGCAGCUCGGGGUGACCUGGCACCGCCCCUGUGCCCCUGGCAGGUGCUGGUGUCGCAGCGAGUGGAGGAGAGCGCGGCCGGCAGGGAGGAGGAGGAGGAGGAGGAGAGGAGAGGCGGGGGAUGAAGAAAGCGGGGAGGGGGCGCUGCGCCGGCGCCUCCCCCCGGCGGAAAGGCGCCCCCCGCCCCCCGAGGGUCCCCGGCUGCAGCUCUCGCUCUGGUACCACCGCGAGCAGCGCCGCCUCGUGGCCAUCGUGCACGGCUGCAGGGGGCUGCGGGCCCGGGAGCUGCCCGACCCCUACGUGUCCCUGGCGCUGCUCCCCGAGCGCGGCCGCGGCUCCAAGAGGAAAACGGGGGUGCAGCGGCGCACCCUGAACCCCGACUUCAACGAGAGGUUCGAGUGGGAGCUGCCCCCCGAGGAGGCGCCGCGGCGGCGGCUGCAGGCCACGGUGAAGUGGACGCUGUCCCUCGUCAGCAGGGAGAGGGAGGAGCUGGGCAAGCUGCAGCUGGAGCUGGCCCAGGUGGAUCUGAGCGAGGGGGAGCCGCGCUGGUACGAGCUGCAGGACGAUCGAAGCCUCCCCUGAAUUUGGGGACCCCCGGGACCCCCCCCACCCCAAAAUCCCCUCGGGGGGGCUCAGGGGGCCCAGGACCCCCCCCAAAUCCCCUCGGGGGGGCUCAGGGGGCCCGGGACCCCCCCCCAGCUGCUGCUGCCCCCCCCCCCCCCACCAAAGAGGCUCCGGCCCCCCCCCAGACUGUUCUGAACGCGUGCCUUGAGACCCCCGGGACCCCCAAAAGGGGGACAGGGGUGUGUCACCCCCCCGGGACCCCCAAAAUUGGGACAGGGGUGUGUCACCCCCCCGGGACCCCCAAAAUGGGGACAGGGGUGUGUCACCCCCCCGGGACCCCCCAAAAUGGGGACACGGGUGUGUCACCCCCCUCCCCGGGACCCCCAAACCGGGGGGGACAUCGGGGUGUGUCACCCCCAACCCCCCCGGGGGGACGCUUGGAGCUGCUGCUGCCACCGCUGAGAUGCCACCAAAGUGUCACCAAAGUGUCACCAAAGUGUCACCACCGCCUGGACGUCACCAAAGUGUCACCGGAAUGUCACCAAGGUGUCACCGGGAUGUCCCUGAGAUGUCCCCAGAUGUCACCCGGGAUGUCACCGCAGAGGUGUCCCCAAGGUGUCACCAAUGGGAUGUCACCAAAGUGUCACCACAGUGUCACCAAAGUGUCACCACUGCCUGGAUGUCACCAAAGUGUCACCAGGAUGUCACCAAGGUGUCACUGCCAGGAUGUCACCAGGAUGUCCCUGGAUGUCACCGGGAUGUCACCACCAACAUGUCCCCAAGGUGUCACCACUGGGAUGUCCCUGGGAUGUCCCCAA